GUGACUGCACACUUGGAAAUAAGAGCCAGGAAAGAUUUUUUUUCCAAGUCCAAGGACCACUUGAAUUCAGCACUGGAAAAAAGAUGUCGUAUACAAACAAACUUCCUGCAUCCUGGAACGACAGACCCACUCCUAGGAAGGUGGAAAUUGACCUCAGUUCCCCUGGUUUAGCCGUGUUUGAGUUGGAACGACUCUUGUUUACUGGCAAAGCCAUCAUCAGCCAUGCUGAUGAAGUGUGGCCAACGAUCUACAUUGGUGAUCAACACAGUGCAGAGAACCAGAAUGAUCUAUUCAAGCAUGGAAUCACUCAUAUCCUGAAUGCAGCUCACAGUGAACGUCGAGGAUGUCCUGAAAUCUACCAGGGAUUACAGAUUACCUAUAUGGGCAUAGAGGCUCAUGAUUCAUGUGGCUUUGACAUGAGCGUGAACUUCGAGGCAGCUGCCAAUUUUAUCCACAGGGCUCUUAACAAGGGAGGCAAAGUAUUGGUACAUUGCCAUGUAGGAGUGAGCCGUUCUGCCACCUUGGUCCUCGCAUACUUAAUGCUGAAGCAGAAACUCACCCUUGUGGAGGCUAUUUGUGCUGUGAAAGAGAACAGGGGGGUCAUACCAAACCGUGGUUUCCUCCGACAACUUAUCCAUCUAGACGGGCAACUUUUUGGCAAACAUUGCCGAAGAUAGUAAAAGCUUUCCCAGGAACGUGCCCAUGCCGCCUGUCUGCCAUUUUUUUCAGCACACACCUGUUGACAAUUAGUGUCUGGCCAGGUUGAGUGUGGAACGUCCUCGUUGCCAGAUUCAGUCCAGGGUGUACCCCACCUCUCGCCUGAAGACAGCUGGGAUAGGUUCCAGCACCCCCACGACCCUCAUGAGGAUAAGCGGUAGAAAAUGAAUGAAUGAAUGAAUGAAUGUUUUAUCAUUAAUCAGCCAUAAAUCUUUAGAUUAAUUGAUUGUCAAGACAUAUUGUUUUAUAAACAAUGCUUGUAUAUUUUACAGAUGUUAUGCAUGCACACAUUACUUAAAUUUUUUUUUGUUGUCACAGUCAGCAAACAUUACAUGGAGUCAUAAUGAGACAUAGUGGCUACAGAAUGCAAACAAAACAGCACAUUGGAGUGAAGAGGAUAUACAAUAGGAAAGUAUGUAUUUAGCCGAACUUUAACGUAAGAAACGUCUUGAGAAAUAUGAAAGGUUUUGAAAUGAAA